AUGAAGACCUUCACUGCGCUUGCUUCUCUGCGCAUUGCCCUUCCUGACGUCCUCGGGAUGUUGACCGUCGACACGCCGACCGACCUUGUUCAUUGUGAACCCGCUGAGAUUGUCUGGAAUGGUGGCGUUGCGCCAUUCAAUGUUGAGAUCACCGCUGGAAACGAUCCCAGCAGCGUCCUGGAAGAUCUUGGCGAAACGUCUGCUCAGACCAUCACCUGGGACGUGGACGUCGCGGCUGGAACUUCCAUCGGUAUCGACAUCCGGGAUUCGACGGGUGCGCUCGCUCAGACCGCUGAUGUCACCAUCGGGCCUAGCAACGAUAGCAGGUCUUAG